UGUAAAUAUUCCAAGGGACCUUCAAACAGACGGAGAUCCUAUCUUUUAGAAUUCUAAGUAUCCGCUGGGUUUACCCAUGCAUCUGAAUUGGCAGCAGCUUCGAUGGCGCUAGUGCCUUGUUCGUCGUUCAUUCCUCGCGGGCUCCUUUCUCUCCCGCCAUUGCGCAAAUCCCUGAGAAGGCCGAAGUCGAAAGCGAUUGUAUUGGGUGCGUCAAUGUCGGAGGAUGGGCAAUCUCGUACUUGCAAGAAGCAAGAUGCAACAAAGAAGAAGAAAGCAGAGCGCACAACAUAUUUGUUCGCUGCUGUUGCCUCAAGCACAUUGAUUGGUGGUCUCAGCAUUGGAGCUGCGUGUUACAGAUUCGUGUGGCAAAUGCAGGAGAAAGGCAGCAGUGAAUUGCCUGCUCUGGAAAUCCUUGGUACCGUGUCUUUGGCAUUAGGUGCAGCUGUGGGCAUGGAGUUUUGGGCUAGAUGGGCACACAAAGCGCUAUGGCACUCUUGCUUGUGGAGCAUGCACAAGUCUCAUCAUCUCCCUCGCCAAGGUCCAUUUGAGGUCAACGAUGUUUUUGCCAUUGUGAACGCAGUCCCCGCGAUAGCUCUCAUGUCUUACGGAUUCUCCCACGAAGGACUCCUUCCUGGCCUGUGCUUUGGAGCAGGCCUGGGCAUCACCAUCUUCGGGAUGGCCUACAUGUUUGUUCACGACGGCCUGGUGCACCAACGGUUUUCAGUUGGCCCACUGGCCGAUGUGCCAUAUUUUCGGAAGGUAGCUGCUGCUCACCAGAUUCACCAUGCCAAUCUGUUUGAUGGCGUUCCGUACGGUUUGUUCCUGGGGCUAAAGGAGCUGGAAGCCGUUGGUGGAGAAUUGGAGCUGGAGAAGCUGGUGUCAAGUCGUCACCAUAAAAAAUAAUAGAUUGUAGCAACGAAAAAGAUUUUUUUAUUAUUACUUUAUAGAAAAAGC